AGAUGGACCGACAGCUGGCUCAAGCGAGCCAUUUGAGAUGUUGCGCGGUGCGGCGCGACAACGAGGCGCAUGGCUUGCCGCUCGCUGCUGGUCUUCGCUUCGCUUCUGGUGAGCGCCUGCGCUGGCGGAUCUACGGAGGCCUCGGAGCUCAAGGGGCUGAGGGCUGAGCUCGCCCAGGCGGAGGCGGAGGCAAAGGAGGCGAGGGCCGAGGCGCACCAGGCCGAAGACGAGAGAGAUGCGGCCUUGAGUGACGAGCAGCUUCAAGAGGUUUUCGGCACCUUCUUCGGACUGCUGCUCCUUUUCGCGCUGGCGCUGGCCGCGCUAUGGCUGAGGAAUAGCUACCGAGCGGAGAACGCCCGGCUCAUGAACACCGUGGUGCAGAUGAACGAGGAGCGGGCCAAAAUGGUCCAGAAGUUCCGGCAGAGCGAUCUCGCCACGCCGCUGGUAAGGUGACAGGGGCA